AUGUCCUCGCUGCCAGAGCCAAUACUCUAUCACAUCAAACCAACAAAAUUGGUCCCCAACUCACCCAAACCCCUCCUCCUCUACAAGGAAGCUUUCGUCAAAGAUGGACAAGUCGACCGAACAGCCGCCUUUGAUACCUUGAGAUCAAACAACUGGGACGUUCAAUGGCUUGUUCGCUACGGCCAACAUCAACGAGCCCACUAUCACUCCCAAACCCACGAAGCCAUGAUCGUCGUCCACGGUCCCGGCAAGAUCCGCUGGGGUGUCGCAGACUUGUCCGAAAACUGGGAAGACCAUACCUACGGUCAAGCCUACGAAGACGGCGGUAUAGAAGUGGACGUUGAAGUGGGAGAUCUUUUCGUCAUACCUGCUGGUGUUUCGCACAAGUCCUAUGACCCAGAUGCUAAGUCCGCGAGUUUUGGAUGUUUGACGGGUGAUGCUAGGAAGAUUGAUAGUAACAUUGAGGUAUCGGAAGUGCCGUUGGAGGGGUUUUGUAUGAUGGGGGCUUAUCCGCAGGGCUUCUCUUGGACUUGGGAUGAGGGAGGGGAUAGUAAGGGAGAUUUUGAGGCUGUUUGGGGCGUUGAGAAUGCUGAUGCUGAUCCGUAUACUGGGAAGGAGGGGGGCAUUAGCAAGUAUUGGAAGAAGCAACCUGAUGAGUUGAGGAGUUCACUUUGA